AUGAGAAGAGGUCCUGUUGUUGGUAAUCUAUUUUCAAUCACUUCAUCUUACCUACUGAUGAAGAGCCUUACAAAGUUUUUGAAUAAACAGCUACCAAAUAAUAAUAAAUUUCCAUGGUGGAGGAAAGAAGUAACAACGACAGAGAUAACUGUAUCAUCAUCAUUACAAAAUAGUUUAUUAGCUUCGGAUGUUACCGCUGUAUCAUCCUUGUUGAUAAAUAAAGAUGUUGAAAAUAUGGUAUUACAUCGAAAUAUCAACGUAGAUAAUAAAUCACCUAGGUUUGAUGAUAUAGAAUCUCAACAUUUUAUAUCGAUUUGUGAAACAUGGAAUAAGUGGAUGGAUAAAAGAUUUAAUACAUUCUUACUGUAUUUUGUUAUUGUAUUUUGUUUAUUAUAUUUGCCAUUACAUGAUUUAUAUGAGUAUAGAACGAUGAAGAGAAAAAGAACCGAAUUGUGUGAUAAAAACAGAAACGGUGAUUUUAAAACAACUGAUCUAUUGAACGAUAAUCUCAUAAGUUCAAAGACUCAAAAUGCUUCCAUUUCAAAGGAGAUUGAAAGUUCGGAUUCUAGUAUUAUCACGAAUAGUAUAAAGGAUGUUGCAAUGGAAUUUGAAAAUAAAUUAGCUACUAUAGAGGGAGAAAUAGAACACAAAAACCCAGCAAACUUUCAGCAUGACAAAGAGGAUGUAACUUUAACAAAGAACUUAUCGAAUUACACAGUAACUUCUUCACUUGUAUCCAACUCUGAAUUAUUAUGUUCACCUAAACAUGAUCACGCAUCUUUAAAUUCACCCUAUAAGUCAGAUCAAUCCAAUCAAACAUCACAAUCAUCUACUGUAUUUUCAGCAUCUUCUUUUAUACAAUUUUCACCAUCUAGAUCUGCUCACUUAAAUGCACAAGUAGACACAAGGAAUGCUUAUUCACAACCGUUUAAAUUUAAGUAG